GGUCGGCAGUUUGAAUCUGCCAGGCACUCCUUGGAAACUCUGUGGGGCAGUUCUACUCUGUCCAAUAGGGCCGCUAUGAGCUGGAAUCAACUCGAUGGCACUGGGUUUUUUGGGGGGGGGUUUACACUAAAAUUUAUUCCCAGUUGUACCUAAAUUUUUAAUCUUUUUGAAAAAUAAAUUUUAAAGUGUUUAUAUUCAUGAUAAGAUGAAUGUUUAAUUAUAUAAUUCCAAUAAGAGUAAAAAUUUAACUAUAAAAAUGUUAUAAAGAUAUUUGCAUUGUGUCUUGUGUUUAGUUUACGUUUCUCUUUGAAUUUCAGAGCUCUUGGAUCUAAACAGAACGUCAGUCUUUCAUAGCCCUUUCGGAUUUCUUAAUCUCCAUACAAUGUUGCUGGAUGAAUAUCAAGAGCGACUCUUCCUGGGAGGCAGGGACCUUGUAUAUUCUCUCAAUUUGGAAAGAAUCGCUGAUGGCUACAGAGAGAUACACUGGCCUAGUACAGCACUAAAAACAGAAGAAUGCAUAAUGAAGGGAAAAGAUGCAAGUGAAUGUGCAAAUUACGUUCGGGUUUUGCAUCACUAUAAUAGGACACAUCUUCUGACCUGUGGGACUGGAGCAUUUGACCCGCUUUGUGCUUUCAUCAGAGUCGGAUAUCACUUGGAGGAGCCCCUGUUUCACCUGGAAUCGCACAGAUCUGAGAGAGGAAGGGGCAGAUGUCCUUUUGACCCCAGCUCCUCCUUCAUCUCCACUUUAAUUGGUAAUGAAUUGUUUGCUGGACUCUACAGUGACUACUGGGGCAGAGACGCUGCAAUCUUCCGGAGCAUGGGGCGACUGACCCAUAUCCGUACUGAGCAUGAUGAUGAGCGCCUGUUGAAAGAACCAAAAUUUGUAGGUUCAUAUAUGAUUCCUGACAAUGAAGAUCGAGAUGACAACAAAGUGUAUUUCUUUUUUACUGAGAAGGCCUUGGAGGCAGAAAACAAUGCCCAUGCAAUUUACACCAGAGUGGGGCGACUUUGUGUGAAUGAUGUGGGAGGGCAGAGAAUAUUGGUGAAUAAGUGGACCACUUUCCUAAAAGCAAGACUGGUUUGCUCAGUUCCAGGAAUGAAUGGAAUCGAUACAUAUUUUGAUGAAUUAGAGGAUAUUUUUCUGCUACAUACCAGAGAUCAGAAGAACCCAGUGAUAUUUGGACUUUUUAACACUACAAGUAACAUAUUUAGAGGGCAUGCUAUAUGUGUCUAUCAUAUGUCCAGUAUCCGGGCAGCCUUUAAUGGACCAUAUGCACAUAAGGAAGGACCUGAGUACCACUGGUCACUCUAUGAAGGAAAAGUCCCUUACCCAAGGCCUGGUUCUUGUGCCAGCAAAGUGAAUGGAGGGAGGUACGGAUCCACCAAAGACUAUCCUGAUGAUGCCAUCCGAUUUGCAAGAAGUCAUCCACUAAUGUACCAGACCAUAAAACCUGCCCAUAAAAAACCUAUAUUGGUAAAAACAGAUGGAAAAUAUAACCUGAAACAAAUAGCAGUGGAUCGGGUGGAAGCUGAAGAUGGCCAAUAUGAUGUCUUGUUUAUUGGGACAGACAAUGGAAUUGUGCUGAAAGUAAUCACAAUUUACAACCAAGAAACAGAAUCAAUGGAAGAAGUAAUUUUAGAAGAACUUCAGAUAUUCAAGGAUCCGGUACCUAUUAUUUCUAUGGAGAUUUCUUCAAAGAGACAACAGCUGUAUGUUGGAUCUGAUUCUGCCGUGGCCCAAGUCAGAUUUCAUCAGUGUGACAUGUAUGGAAGUGCUUGUGCUGACUGCUGCCUGGCUCGAGACCCGUACUGUGCCUGGGAUGGCAUAUCCUGUUCCCGGUAUUACCCAACGGGCACGCAUGCGAAAAGGCGUUUCCGCAGACAAGAUGUUCGGCAUGGAAAUGCAGCUCAGCAGUGCUUUGGACAGCAGUUUGUUGGGGAUGCUUUGGAUAAGACUGAAGAGCGACUGGCCUAUGGCAUAGAGAACAAUAGUACUUUGCUGGAAUGUACCCCCCGAUCUUUACAAGCAAAAGUCAUCUGGUUUAUACAGAAAGGACGUGAAACAAGAAAAGAGGAGGUGAAGACAGAUGACAGAGUGGUUAAGAUGGACCUUGGGUUACUCUUCCUAAAGGUACGCAAAACAGAUGCUGGGGUCUAUUUUUGUCAGACAAUCGAGCACAGCUUUGUCCAUACUGUCCGUAAAAUUACCUUGGAAGUAGUGGAAGAGGAGAGAGUAGAGGAAAUGUUUAACAAAGACUAUGAGGAGGACGGGCCUCACAAGAUGCCUUGUCCUGCCCAGAGCAGCAUCCCACAGGGAGUAAAACCAUGGUACAAGGAAUUCUUGCAGCUGAUUGGUUAUAGCAACUUCCAGAGAGUGGAAGAGUACUGUGAAAAGGUCUGGUGCACAGAUAAGAAGAGGAAAAAGCUUAAAAUGUCACACUCCAAGUGGAAGUAUGCCAACCCACAGGAAAAGAAGCUCCGUUCCAAACCUGAGCACUAUCGCCUGCCCAGGCACACACUGGACUCCUGAUGGGGUGAAACCAUCUGCUGGCUUUUGAAGAAUUUCUAUUUGGAACCUUUAAAAGUUAUGAGAGAUCAUCUAACUUCUUAGCAUUACUUAAAAUAGGUUUCUGUAAUACAGAAAUGACUGUAAAUGUGUUAUAAUAAAUUAUUCUACAUAUUCAUUUGAAUGGUAAGCUAUCACAUAAAAUUGAUUUUUAAAAUAAGUGUGUUGCUUAAAUGGUUUCAUGUUAUAUUUAUCAAAAAAUUACCAUAGCUGUAGUUUUGAGUACUUUAGCUGCUUUUCUAUAGCUAUUAUUAUUUUAUACCUGGGUGAAUUAUGAUUUUUGGAACAUUGAAAAAAAUAGGGAGUUUCACAUUCAUGGAAAAAAAUAUAUAGACACUUUAAUUUUUCCUUUCUACCAUUACUUAAAUUAUGCAAAAUAUCAGAUACUUUAACAGUCUCAUGUGAACUGUCUGUACUUUUUAAUAAUUACUGUAUUAGUGUGGUCUAAGCCAUGAUUUUUUAUGAAGCAGGUGUGUUGUGAUUGUUGUAAACCUGGGAGAAAAAUGUGGUCACCCUGAGGGUUGUGUCCCUUUAUAAAACAGUCACUAAACCACUUUCAUAACAUUUUUGUUUCACACAUGAAAAUAUUCUUUUAAAAUUUCACUCCAGUGUGAAAGACUGAAGCUAAGGUAA